UUUUUCACGCUGACUCUAUAUAAAAUGUUACGCAAACGCAACGUGGUUUAGUAAGAAGGUUUCACAGACAAGGCAGGACGUGGUGGCAAGAUGCUCGCAGUGAAGUUGUUUGUACUCUGUGUGUCAGUGGCUGGCUUCAGCGAUGCGGCUCACUUGCCAUCCUACAUAAAACCAUGCAGCAAAGACGCACCGAAGGAGCAGCUCUCAGCCUGCAUCAUGGCUCAAGCUAAGGCUGCUCUUCCUCUGUUCACGAAGGGGGUGCCAGAGCUGAACAUUGACACCAUGGACCCCCUGGCUCUGGACCCCUUCACCGCCAAUGCUGGCACCUUCAAGCUGAGGGAAAAGAAUGCUUUGCUGCGGGGAUUGAGCACUAUGGAAGUGCGGGAGGCCAAAUGGGACCUAGAGAAGAAUACGGGGCAGAUGAAGAUCUUCGGCAACCUGACGCUGAACAGCGACUACGAGGCGGACGGCCGCGUGCUCGUCAUCCCCAUCACCGGGUCCGGGAAACUGUCCGUGCAGAUGUACAACACGGAGAUCUCGCUCAAGUACAAGAUCAAGCGCGUGAAGGGCCCCGACGGCGUGGAGCACCUCGCCACAUACGACCUGAAGCCCACGCAGACGUACGGGCACGUGCACCUGCACUUGUCCAACAUACUGGGAGGGGCUGCUAUCGGUGACACCAUCAACCAAGUCCUGAACGACAACUGGCGUGACCUGUUCCGCGACGUGGGACCUUCUCACACCAAGUCCAUCUCACACAAGGUGCACGAAUACAUCAACAAGCUGUACUCACAGGUUCCCUUCGAUGAGCUGUUCGUUUAGUGUGACAAGGUUCUAACGGACGCUAGGUUUAAGAUUAUCUGGUUGUGUGAUUUUAGUUUUACAUAGCUAAGGAUUUUUAUAGCGCGUUGAAAACUGGAGCCCUAUCGUGAACUCAAAACGAAGUUAAUUUGAGUCGAAUACAAUUGUAAUUCGAAGAUCUUUAUCAAAACAAGUUCGCGAUACCUAUUCAUUUUUAUGAAAAUUUCGUAUCAUUUAACCUACUUUCAAUAAAGCGUAUAAAUGAUUUAAAUUAUUGCCAUCAAAGCCUUCGUUUCCGGGAAUUCCCAUCGGUGUAUUUUUACCGAAGCUAUUCCACGCUUUGCUAGCUCGAGUUUUGGCUUUAAAAAUAACAAUUAAUCUAUCAGUAGUAACUUCAGUGGCUCUAUGAUGGUGGUAUAUUAUAACUCGUACCUACCUACAGAAGCUCAAGGAAUAAUGUUUAUAAAUCCGUGAUCAUGCAACAGUAAAACCUCAAACGAAUCCGUAAAUAAAACAGUAAAUAAUAAUAUCAUCAAAGUGCCUUGUGAAAAAAGUAGAGACUUCACUUGUUAAAUCAGUUCUUUAAUAAUUGUACAAUUAAUUUAACACCGACGGUAUUGCAUAGAUACAGAUCAUUAUUAGACUAUAAUAAACAGUUACUGUUAUAACUUCCGCAGCAUUUUGUAACGCACUCAUUAGUAUGGUACAUUAUAACAAUUUGUUAUCGAAAGUGAACAACACAUCCUGAAGAUGUAGCUCAAAUAGAACCUAUACUUAGUAUAUAAGUUAGUACAUAAUUAGUUAAUUACGUAAUAUUGUUUUAUAACGUAUUGUUGUAAAUACGACUUAUUAGAAUUAUCUGUGAUACUGAUAAUUAAGAUUUAAUGAAAUAAAAACUUUUAUAAAAACA